UAAAUCUCAUAUUAAACGUGAAACGUAAACUCACUUUCGUUUUGUUUUUUUCGACGAGGAAUAACGCUGACCCGUACCGUCAACGCUGAACCUAUUUCGUGAAAAAUUGUCAAGAGAGAACUUAACUCACGCCACUCUCGGAAAAUUAACACUUUGCCGUUGUGUAAUGUCAGGUUGUCGGUUGUCACCUGGAGUUUUGCUAUAGAGAUCUGAAGAAAGACAAAAAAUGCCGGAAGAAGACAUCCCCGUCCGCGUGGCUCUGCGCUGCCGUCCCUUGGUCCCCAAAGAAAAGGCCGAGGGUUGCCAGACAUGCCUUAACUUCAUCCCCAACGAGCCGCAGGUGGUUUUAGGGAAGAACAAGGCCUUCACCUAUGACUUCACGUACGGGCCGAACACGAUGCAAGAGAUGGUGUACCAGAGUGCCGUGUCCCCCCUUGUACAGGGAAUCUUCAAAGGUUACAAUGCUACCGUCCUGGCCUACGGCCAGACCGGGUCGGGCAAGACCUACUCCAUGGGCAGCGGGUACAAUCUGACCGACGAGGAGACCAUGGGUAUCAUUCCCCGCGUCAUCACCGAUCUCUUCAUGGGCAUCGAUGACAGGCCCGACACGGAGUUCCUUCUCAAGUGCACUUACUUAGAGAUACACAAAGAAGACAUCCACGAUCUUCUAAACACCUCCUUGAAGAAGGAGCAUCUUGCCGUGAGAGAAGAUCCCGAAGGCGGAAUCAAGGUCUCGGGUCUUCAAGAGGUUAUCGUCAGGAAUGCCUCCGAGCUAGAGCAGUGCCUUGAGCAAGGCUCUGGGGGGCGGACCACUGGUUCCACGGCUAUGAACGCCCAAUCCAGCCGCUCCCAUGCCAUCUUUACUAUCGCCUUGGAGAUGCGGAAGAAGGACGACAGUGAUAACUACUGCCAUGCCAAGUUUCACUUGGUGGACUUAGCGGGAUCAGAACGAGCCAAGAAGACGCAAGCCCAAGGGGAGAGGUUGAAGGAAGGAAUUAACAUCAAUCGAGGUCUACUGGCCUUGGGAAACGUCAUUAGCGCACUAGGGGACGAAAACGGCCGCAAGGGUCACAUACCUUACAGGGACUCCAAGCUGACUAGACUGCUGCAAGAUGCGCUCGGUGGCAACAGCCAGACCCUCAUGUUAGCUUGUGUCAGCCCGGCUGACUCCAACAUGGAGGAGACACUGAACACGCUGCGAUACGCGGACCGCGCCCGACAGAUCAAGAACAAGCCCAUCGUCAACCGGGAUCCCCAGUCUGCAGAGCUGACAAGACUCAAGCAACAGGUGCAACAGUUGCAAGUGCAGCUGCUACAGGGCAAGUCCAUCCACGGAGGUCCAUUGCCUGAUGGUUCAAUGGAGGGUGCCGCCGACCUAAAAACUCUGUUGGACAGGAACAAGACCCUUGAGACAGCCAACCAGAAACUGACCAUAGAACUGCAGUCGGCCAUUGAUCAGACGACACAAAUGUGCGAGAAGGCCAUUCUGGCGGAGAUGACCCGUGACAAGCUCAAACAGAAGUUGGAACAGCUGAAGGAGGAGACGGACAUUAGCCUGGGGGCGCUGGACAUCACCGUCGCGGCCGCUGCCGACAACGAGAAAGUCACCGAACAACUGGAGAUUGUCCGUCAACUGCAGAAAAAGAUUGUAGACCUGGAGACGGAGGACAAACUGACAAAUGCCGAGUCGCUGUACGGGAACGACACGGAGAAGGAAAACGUCAAGAAAGAGAAUGGCGGCAAAGACUCCCCGAAUGUCUCGUCCCCGUCCCUAGACUUCGCCGGCCACACCCUACGCCAGGCGCAGCUGGGCCGUGAGCUACAGGAGCUGACCAACGCCCUGGCCAUGAAGCAGGAGCUGGCCCAAACCAUGGGGCAGAACGACGAGAAAAUGCAGGUUAUGAAGAUACAAUACCAGCACAACGUGCGAGAUUUGGAGAAUGAAAUAGCCACACUGCAGAAGGAGAGGGAGAAUCUGUCCUCGGCAUUACAUGCAGCCAAGUCCAACACUGCCAGCAACAAGGUGAGCGAGCAGCGUCGGUUGCGUCUCCAGGAACUCAGCACAGAGAUCAGCAAACAGAAGAAGAAACUGGCGGAGCAGUCUAAGCUGCUUAAGCUGAAGGAGAGGAGUGACCACACCGUCACCAAACUCAACAAGGAGAUCCACUUGAUGAAGCAAGCCAGAGUGCGCCUUGUGAAACAGAUGAAGGAGGAAGGCGACAAGUUCCGUCAGUGGAAGGCCCAGAAGGACAAAGAGGUCCUGCAGCUCAAGGCUAAGGACCGCAAGAGACAGUGCGAGUUCAGCAAGAUGACGCAGAAACACGAGAAACAGGAGAACGUCUUACGCAGGAAGAUGGAAGAGGCUGCAGCUGCCAAUAAACGGCUGAAGGAAGCCCUGGAAAAACAGAAGGCUGGACAGAAGAAACGCUCAGAGGAGAAGACGGAGGCGAAGAACAUGGUGGGAGCUGCCAAGAGGAUCAAGAGCUGGCUUGACCAUGAGCUGGAGGUGAUGGUCAGCGUCAACGAGGCCAAGCGACAUCUAGGCUCUCUCCUGGCUGACCGCAAGAUCCUGUCUCAACAAUUGCAUCAACUACAGCAGGAGAACGAGGACCAGCCACCACAAAAGAAAUUUGCCAGUCCUACCAAGGCAGUUAGCGUGCACGACCGAGACGCCGACAAGCGUAUCAGAGAGUUAAAGGGAGAACUGGAGCUCAGGAACGCCCAGAUCAGCGACCUGCAGCAGAAGAUCGUGGAUGCCGAUCAAGAGGAGAAAGGCAAGAAUCGAUGGAAUGAGAUCACCAGCAUGGUAGAGGCCAAAUGCGGACUCAAAUGGCUGCUGGAAACGUGUGUGGCUGCCAAGGUUAGCACCAGCGAGGUGGGGAGCCAGCUGAGCGACCUGCAAGACUCUCACCAGGAAACGGUGGCAGAGGUGGACAGACUCCAGGAGGAGAUCAUAGAGCUGAAGGCAGACCAGGAGAAGGAGGUCACACGGAUGCAGAGGACUCAUGAGGACAAGGUGCUGUACCUCCUGACACAGCUAUCUCAGGCGAAGGACCAGAAGGGGGAAACAGCGCCCUCUAGUGGCAACGCCGAUGAGGAGAUGCAGAAGAGAAUCAAGUUCCAGGACGAUCAGAUACGAGAGCUCAGCACCCUCCACGAGCAGCUGCAAGAGACUGUCACAGAGAACGAAGAGCUGCAUCAGCAACUGACGAUAGCCAGCUACUCUGGCCGUAAACAGUCCUUGAUGCCGACGUUAGUCUCCCCCGGAUCGUCCCCCGAGGGCACACCAUGGAAGCUCACACAGAAGAGAACGGUCAAACAGAGGUUCCCCGUGGAACGGUAUACCGUAGAUGAAUACUUUACUUCAGAGAGCGAGUUGGACACAACGGGGAACGACUCAGACUUCCGCAUAACGCCCUUCGCCAGGCGUAAACGAUCCCCCAUCAGGAGGGAGAAAAGAGACAAGAGAUCCUUUGACAAGGGUGGCUGCGGUUGUCGCGGGUUCUGCAAGUCUCGCCUUUGCAGCUGCGUGAAAGGCGUGCAGGGCUGCACAGAAUCCUGCCGAUGUGAUGCUACGAAAUGCAUGAAUAGAAACGAUGGGAAAAACCCUGACGACACCAUGAGCACCACGGCCAGCAGCAGUGUCCUCAUGAACACGACCGUCGUCAUCUCAGACGGCGAGCGGGACUCCCAGAACACGACAGCCGUCUUGAACCCAAAGCCGCGUCCGAAACCGUCCCGCAAGGCCCUCUGGGAGCUCAACGCCAACACCUCCAGCUCCAGCAGCGACGAGUUUGUGCUGAAGCCCGCCCUCAAGCGCACCAAGCCCGUUGCGGCCGACGUAAACCCGUACCUCCCGAUCGCGAGAAAGAAGAGCGUGUCUAUCGACGCGGGGGAGAAUGGCGGGGGUCUGAAGAGGAAACGGAAACUGCUCAGCACGUCCAACACUGGAUCGUUCUUCAAGCCGCUGACCGACAGCUGACUUUUCGGAUCGCUGCUUUACAUCGCCGACGGCAACAGCAUGACUGAGCCACCGUUCAGUCUGGAAUAUAAUUUCCCUUGGUUGCAAUAAUGGUUGAAAAUUGGAGUGUGUUUAUACGAAGUGCGAUUUACACUGAAAAGCUUUGGGGGGCCUUUGUAUCUACAUCGGUCAUUUGCUUUUUGUACAUUUUUUUUUCAUUUGCAGCAACAAAA